CCGAUUGGCAGCCGCCCGCGGGGCAUUGUGGGCCGUCCGCGCGCCCGUCCCGUCGCCGCCGCCGCCGCCGCAGCCCCCUCGGCCUUGCUAUGUCGAGCUCACCCGUGAAGCGUCAGAGGAUGGAGUCCGCGCUGGACCAGCUCAAGCAGUUCACCACCGUGGUGGCCGACACGGGCGACUUCCACGCCAUCGACGAGUACAAGCCCCAGGAUGCUACCACCAACCCAUCCCUGAUCCUGGCCGCAGCACAGAUGCCCGCUUACCAGGAGCUGAUGGAGGAGGCGAUCGCCUAUGGCCGGAAGCUGGGCGGGUCACAAGAGGACCAGAUUAAAAAUGCUAUUGAUAAACUUUUUGUGUUGUUUGGAGCAGAAAUACUAAAGAAGAUUCCAGGCCGAGUAUCCACAGAAGUAGACGCAAGGCUCUCCUUUGAUAAAGAUGCGAUGGUGGCCAGAGCCAGGCGGCUCAUCGAGCUCUACAAGGAAGCUGGGAUCAGCAAGGACCGAAUUCUUAUAAAGCUGUCAUCAACCUGGGAAGGAAUUCAGGCUGGAAAGGAGCUCGAGGAGCAGCACGGCAUCCACUGCAACAUGACGUUACUCUUCUCCUUCGCCCAGGCUGUGGCCUGUGCCGAGGCGGGUGUGACCCUCAUCUCCCCAUUUGUUGGGCGCAUCCUUGAUUGGCAUGUGGCAAACACCGACAAGAAAUCCUAUGAGCCCCUGGAAGACCCUGGGGUAAAGAGUGUCACUAAAAUCUACAACUACUACAAGAAGUUUAGCUACAAAACCAUUGUCAUGGGCGCCUCCUUCCGCAACACGGGCGAGAUCAAAGCACUGGCCGGCUGUGACUUCCUCACCAUCUCACCCAAGCUCCUGGGAGAGCUGCUGCAGGACAACGCCAAGCUGGUGCCUGUGCUCUCAGCCAAGGCGGCCCAAGCCAGUGACCUGGAAAAAAUCCACCUGGAUGAGAAGUCUUUCCGUUGGUUGCACAACGAGGACCAGAUGGCUGUGGAGAAGCUCUCUGACGGGAUCCGCAAGUUUGCCGCUGAUGCAGUGAAGCUGGAGCGGAUGCUGACAGAACGAAUGUUCAAUGCAGAGAAUGGAAAGUAGCGCAUCCCUGAGGCUGGACUCCAGAUCUGCACCGCCGGCCAGCUGGGAUGUGACUGCACGUGGCUUCUGAUGAAUGUUGCGUUUUUUACAAAUUGGAGCAGGGACAGAUCAUAGAUUUCUGAUUUUAUGUAAAAUUUUGCCUAAUACAUUAAAGCAGUCACUUUUCCUGUGCUGUUUCA